AUGCUCUGGGCGGGCAGGAUGAGGCUGGGCACCUUUGGGAUCUUCCUUGCACUUGUCCGUGCGGCGACAGCCUGUGAGUUUGGAGCCGUCCCUUACAGCAUCACAGGGAUUGUCUGCAGGAUGACCAAGCCCGCGAUGCUGAUGUUGAACCAGAAAACAGCGCAGGUCAUUCAGGUCGCGUUCAGAAAUGCCAGGUUCCCGAAUAUCACCGGGGAAAGGUCCAUGCGGCUCCUCGGCAGGGUGGCAUACGGGCUACACAACAUCCAGGUCAAUGACUUAUCCGUAGAGCAGAGCGAGGUGCAGUUCAAGGAGAACUCUGUCAUUCACAUCGCCAUUAGAAACGUGACGGCUGCCUUCAGAGGGACCCUGACCUAUGGCUACGCUGGUGCCUGGUUUCUGCAGCUUUUUCAUUCCGUCGAUUUUGAAAUCAAGUCUUCCACCGACCUCCAGAUAAACGUUAAACUGACAUGCCAGAGGGACCGAGUGGCUGCCGACGGCUCAGACUGCUACCUGGUUUUCCACAAGCUCACACUUCACCUCCAAGGAGACAAAGAGCCAGGCUGGCUGAAGCAGCUCUUCACGGAUUUCAUCUCCUUCCCUUUGAAGCUCGUUCUCAGGAGGGAGGUGUGCAAUGAAGUAAAUUUUCUUGCCCAGAUGGUGGCAGAUUUUGUACAUGAUCUAGCAGCAAAUUUUGUCCAGGAUGAGGAUAUCAAGCUCGAUAUCUCCCUCGCAUCGGUUCCUUUAAUAAAAGCAAAUUAUGUAGAAUCACAUCACAAGGGCCUCGUCCUCUACAAGAACUACUCUGACGUCCUCACUGACUCCGUUUUCUCCCCGUCGCUGCUGACCGAGUCCCGAAUGCUCUACUUCUGGCUGUCCGAACACACCCUCAACUCUCUAGCUUCGGUGGCGUUCUUGGAUAAGCGCCUGGUGUUGACCAUUGAUGGGGAGAAGCUGCAGGCGCUGUUUGAAACGGAGGACACGGAAGCGCAGCGGAAGGCAGUGCAGAUGAUUUUUCAAGGCACCUCCUAUAACGACUCCGUGGCGAAGGUGUGGAGCCUCACCCAUCCCCAAAUUUCUCUUCGGCCUGAAGGGACGGUCGUGAAGUCUUUGGUAGCAGUGGAGGUCAGCAUCUUUCCCGCUGGAGAAGAGCCCCUGACGGUUCUGUACAUGGAGAAGGAAAUCACUGUCACCAUCCAAGCUGCCUACGUGGAAAAGAAACUUGUUUUCCACCCUUUGGACUCCAGCAUAGAGUUUAAAGUCUUUAAAUGCACCGCUGAUCCAAGUGGGGAUGACCUGUCCGUAAGAAACUUCCUGCAGACAAUGAUCUCGGCUGUCGGGAUCCCAGAAGUGAUUUCAAGGGUUGAAUCUGCUUUGACGUCGCUGAUGAACAGCAAAGGGCUUCAUCUAUUUGAGAUCGGAAAUCCUGAGAUCAUCACAAGAAAGGGAUACAUAAUUGUACAACUUGACUUUGGCUUCCCAAAUCAUUUGUUUCUUGAUUUGCAGAAGCAAUUAUAG